AUGUCCAUGGACACAUGUCGACUGUGGCAUCUUUACUUUGCGGCGCUGCUUGAGUUGACUGCAAGCUUCCGAGCCUGUCCACCGCCAAAUAUGGGGUGCGUGGCAGAUGUUCGCGGGGAGGCAUCCUGGAGUUUGUGGGCAGAGGUAGACAAGGCUCUGUCCCAGCGAACCUAUGAGCUUUUGACCCUCUACGAGUGGAUACCAAAGGAGGACACGACAUCACGUGCCACUGCGCUGAGAGGUCUUCAAGCGAUGGAGGCCGCGAAGCAACUCCUUUGUGCCAGCACUUUUGCCCGGUGUGAUGUGGAGGGAGUGGCCUAUGCCAGUGCUCUGCUCAAUGCCUCGCCUGCAAAGACUGAUGCUGCUGAACUGGCCAUCCAGACUUGUGGCUUCCCAGAGAGGGGCAGCAAAUGGUUGGGCCGAUGCAGCUAUGCGGUCUGGGACUGGGCGGAUGCAGAGUAUUUGAUGUCAGCGCAAGGCUUUAUGCAUUCAGGGCAGGCGCAGCUCGCUGAAGAAGCAGAUCGACUGAAUUCGAAGAAAACUGAUGCAGAUGCUGGAUACUCUGCGGCAGUGUAUCCAGCUUUGUUCAGUCCUGAAGAGAUUUGCGCAUUGAGUAUGACUCCACUGCCCAGCCAGUACGCUGGUUUUGGCUUGCAGCCGGUCUUUAGUGGCGAGGCUUUCCAAGACGUUUCUUGGGUUGACAUCUCAAACCUGCGCACCCGGCACUUGAGUGCCAUCUCCCUGUUGGAGACGCUGGAAAAUGGGGCCGCCUUCCAGGAUAGGCACCCUCAGGGUCUUUCGCGGAUUGCUGUCAACCUUGGAGGUGGAGAUGGUGCUUGCCGAGUCGGGCACGGCCUAGAUCCGGUGAAUUGCUUUUUCCCGCAAGGCUUCGGUGGUGUGGUCUUUGAGGCGAACAAGAGUCUGGAAUCUGAACUUCAGAUAUCAAUUGGAAAGCACUUCCCCCAAGUUCAGGUUGUAAUGGAGGCGGCAGCCGAAGAUACGAUCUCUCAGCGUUUGGAGCAGGCUCUGGCCAAGCGCCCUGGGCGUUUGGUGCAGCGGGACGAGAUCGACAUCAUCAAGGUGGAUGUCGAUGGCCCAGAUUGCCACUUAGUUCGGGGACUUGUCCGGGCUGGUUGGCAACCGAAGGUGUGGCACGUCGAGGUCAACCCACUCUUCCCACCGGGGAUUUCAGUGUGGCCUACUGGAACUAGCCUGGACUCCGAAACUACCGUGACCAUAGAGGGUCUAAGCUCAGCGUUUUCGAGGCGAGUCAACGACAAGCAGGCCUUGGUGGGCUGCUCUCUGCAAGCACUGCUUGAUGUCGCUGGCCCGGACUACGUAUUGACACACAUGGAGUUUGAAAACGCAGUGCUCGUGCGGCGGGAUAUUUCUGAAGGGCUGGAGCCGUGGUUGUCAUCUCGCAGCCCAGUUCAGAAGUGGCGAGAUGGCUACUUCUGCCACCCGAUUGCCCGCGUGCGACUGCCACAUGAUAACGAUCAGGACUCCUUGUUCCUGCACUAUGACUUCCGCCGAUGGGGAGAUCCGAGACUUGAUCCAGGAGAGCUUCACAAGUUGGUGAAGGAGUUCCUGGCAGGAUUUGUGCAGGAGGACACUUAUAGCCUCACAGAACCGCCGCGUCCGACGCUGUUGGACGUACCAACCAAGACGCUCAAGAAUCAAGCAGUGGAUGAGGACAUAAACUGCGAAGCAACAUGGAAGGGCCACGUGUUUCAGUGGCCGAUCGUUUUGCGGAACAUCGAACGUCUUCUGUCCGCCUGGGCAACGGGGUCCGGGGACGUGGAGGCUGUCCUGAUGGCUUUGGUCGAGGACUUUGCCAACCAGCUGAACAUUGAUCGCGCGUGGCCCAUCUUCAAAUCUGUGGCCUCUGGGGAGUGUCCAGUUGGAGGGCUGGCGAUUGGCAUCGCAAUGCGCUGGCGGUGCCUGUCCCCCUUCUGGGAGGACAACCCCGUUUUCCCAGCUACAGCAAACCUCUUUGCUGCCAUGCGCCGGCAGCUGCCGUUGAUUCUGCGGAACAAGUCCCAUGGCCAUCAGUCGAGAUUUGCGGCUCCGCUGGGCUGUGAGCACGUGCUGAUGCGGUUCAUUCAGGCGGGCCUGCGGCGGGAUCUCGGGGCCGUGCUGGGCUCCCGGUGGCCCAUCUUCGAGCUGCUGAGCUCCAUGCACACCCAGAGCGAGAAGUGGCCGCGCGACUAUCCGUGA